AUGACGUCGCGAAAAACACAGCAGGAAAUCGACAAGACCUUCAAGAAGGUCGCUGAAGGCAUACAAUCGUUCGAGGGCAUAUACGACAAGAUAAAAUCAUCGUCAAACGCUGCACAAAGAGACAAGCUAGAAGACAACCUUAAACGCGAAAUCAAAAAGCUUCAACGGUUCCGUGAUCAGAUUAAAACAUGGGCUGCAGGAAAUGAAGUCAAGGACAAGGGCCCUUUACUAGAGCAGCGGAGGGCCAUUGAAACUUGCAUGGAACAAUUCAAAGCCGUUGAAAAGGAAAUGAAAACCAAGGCCUAUUCGAAGGAAGGUCUAUCAGCAGCAGCUCGAUUAGACCCCAAGGAAAAAGAGAAGGCUGAAACAUGCGACUUCCUAUCGUCGACCGUUGAUAUCCUACAACAGAAGAUUGAGGCCAUGGAGGCUGAGGAAGAGAUGAUACAGGCGUCGCUAAAGAAGGGAAAGAAGGAUGCUGCAAAGACUACCCGGUUGUCUGAUAUUACAAGGAUUCUAGAGCGGCACCGAUGGCAUGUGACAAAGCUGGAACUACUCCUGCGGUGUCUUCAAAAUGGAAAUGUUGAGACAAGCCAAGUGCUGGACAUCAAAGACAGCAUCAAAUAUUUCGCGGACGAUGGUCACAAUGCAGACUUCUGUGGGGAAGAUGAAACGAUAUACGACGACAUAACGCUAGGAGAUGACGAGUUUGGUAUGCCCACUGAUAACGACAGGGUCUCAUCUCAGGAUACACAAUCAAUACAGGAUGAUGAUGCGGAAGCCGCGAGGUCAAAGGCGAAAGCAGAACCCGGGCCGGCACGAAGGCCAUCGACGCAGAUGAAGUCGCCCCUCCCAGUUUUGGCGACACUUCAUAACGGACCCUCAUCUACGGCUUCAGGUUCUAUGAAGCCUGCCCCUCUACCGACGCGAUUACCAGGAGAGACCCUGAAAUAUGCUUCUGCAGCAGCUGCGGCUGCAGCUAGUGAUAAAAGUGGUGUGGGAAUAGCUCCCUUACCACCACCGCCGGGAACAACAUCCUCAACCGCCUCACCGCAAGUGCAUCAUGUACAACCUGUGCAGAGGCUCGCAUCUGCAGCCCCCAGUGUGGACGAUUCCGCUAGCCAACAGCAAUCCAAAUCGCCAACGUUACCGAGUGCUCCUACGAGUAGACCUGCAACGGUCCCCCCACCCCCGGCCACGGAUAAUGUGGAACCCGUGGCGUCAGAUGAGCAUGCGGCGCCCACAACAAAUGGCGAGCCCAAGGAAGAUGCUACCCCUGCUCCAGCUCCAGCUCUUGCCCGUGCUCCAGCUCCAGCGUCAAAUGAUGAAUCCGUCUACCACCUACCCCCCGGCCUUCAAGACCUAAUCCAAUCUUUCGAAAUCACCAAAUCCAGAGUCUCCGUCAAUCCUUCGACGUCUGUCCAACGGCUUCUAACGGCCUCGCACCACACCUGCCCAGAACCCGGAGAUGCAGAGAAACCCCGCCACUACAAACCGCAAACACCUUACAACACGCCUCUUUACUACCCGCAAGAAGUACUGCCAAUAUUCGAUGACCCGCGAUUAUACGAGACGGGGCGCAUCGAUACAGACACGUUGUUCUAUAUCUUCUAUUAUCGACAGGCGAGUUACCAGCAGUAUCUGGCAGCGAAAUCAUUGAAGAAUCAGAGCUGGCGGUUCCAUAAGCAGUACCAGACCUGGUUUCAGCGGCAUGAGGAGCCAAAGACGAUUACAGAGGAGUUUGAACAGGGGACGUAUCGGUUCUUUGAUUAUGAGAGUACAUGGAUGAACCGGCGAAAAGCGGACUUCAAAUUCGUCUACAAAUUCCUUGAAGACGACUUGUAA